AUUCAUUCGCAAGCAUGUGGUACUUUCCAUAUUCGAACAUUCAAAUUAAAUCAAAACAAAGUUUAGUUUGUAUAAAGUUACUAAAUAUUUUAUUUAAAAUUUAAUAAUUUGGGGAAACAUAGGUUGUAACAAUAGAAAAUGUCCGUUGAACCAGAUAUCGCCAAAGAAGCUGUACUUAAACGAAGUGAAAAUAUACCGGAAAACACUCCCAUUGUGCAGGGCUAUGAUUGGAAUCAAGGAAUUGAUUACUCAAAAUUAUUUGAGUCGUAUGUUAAUACAGGGUUUCAAGCUACUAAUCUUGGAUUGGCAAUAAGAGAAAUCAAUCAAAUGCUUGAUUGUAGGCAGCAGCCGUUGAAACCUGAAGAAGCCGAUCUGCAUGAAACGGAUGAGUUCAUUAGACGAAAACAUAGCUGUACAAUAUUCCUUGGAUUCACAUCUAAUCUAGUGUCGUCGGGAUUGCGGGAGACAUUACGAUUCCUCGUUGAACACCAAAUGGUGGAUUGUGUAGUAACGACAGCGGGUGGCGUUGAAGAAGACUUUAUUAAAUGUCUAGCACCCACGUACAUGGGAUCAUUCGAAUUAUCUGGCCGAGAUUUACGGGAUCGUGGUAUAAAUCGUAUUGGUAACUUGCUUGUACCGAACGAUAACUAUUGCAAGUUCGAGGAUUGGCUCAUGCCGCUACUUGAUGAAAUGGUUGAAGAGCAGAAAACGAAAGGCAUGAUUUGGUCUCCUUCUCGUAUUAUACAACGACUUGGGGAAAGGAUAAACGACACCAGCUCAAUAUACUACUGGGCUGCGAAACAUAAAAUACCUGUGUUUUGCCCUGCGCUUACAGAUGGUAGCCUAGGUGACAUGAUGUAUUUCCACUCUUUUCGUCACCCCGGAUUAGUGGUAGAUAUUUUAUCCGAUUUGCGACGUCUAAACACUAUGGCUGUGAAAGCCACCAAAUCGGGAAUGAUUAUAAUUGGUGGCGGUAUUAUAAAGCAUCACAUAUGCAAUGCGAAUUUGAUGAGAAAUGGAGCCGAUUAUUCCGUUUUUAUUAACACAGCUUCGGAAUUCGAUGGCAGUGACAGUGGUGCUCGCCCAGAUGAGGCUAUUUCUUGGGGUAAAAUAAAGAAAGAAGCUUCACCAGUUAAGGUGUAUGCAGAAGCUAGUUUAGUAGUGCCAUUGAUUGUUGGUGAGACUUUUGUUAAAAGACAUUUUAAUGCAAAAAAGAAUAACAAACCAUGAUAAUAAAUAAUUGUAAAAAAUGCAAAUUUGUGAACUUUAAUUUGUAAUAGUAAACGAACAUUUUAAUAAAGCUUAGUUAAUAACGACUUGCGAACUGCGUCACCAGAACGGAUCCAUAUAUAAAUUCGAUAAAAUUCUGUUAACUCGACAGUACAAAAACGCAUGCGCGUAAUAUUUUGUACCGCUAAAAGCAACAACAAAAUAAAGUUACUCAUACACUGAGGUUACUGGUUACUCAUGCAAAAUAAUUAUUUUGAAUUUAAUGAAAGUCCGGCAACAUUAAGAUAGAUAGAUUUCGAACAGCUGGUGAAUAGUGUUGUCAACAUUUCUGUGAAUUGCUUUUGAGCGAAAGGGCUGAAAAUUUAUCAUUGAAAGAAAUAGGCAAUUCUCACUAUUUAUUUGUGUUAAAUAUUUGAGUAACUUAAAAUAUUGUUUAUUUUGUUAAAAAUAAAAUAAACGAUAACACGAAAGUUAAGAAUUGAUAUUGAAUUAAACAAGCGCGUCGAAAGUAGUGAGGCAAGCAGCAACACAGAGUCGCAGUCGUGUUAUAGCAACGAAAGUAACGACGGGAGCGGCAAGAGCAACGGCAACAGUGACGAAAAUAAAGAAAAGUGGACAUCGAGGAAAUUAAAAAUUUCUAAAAAUAUUUGCAAUUAUUUAAAUCGGUGUACAAUUCAAAGUUAAAAAUGGUCCUUAAGGUUUAUGUAAGCGGAAUGUCCGGAAAUAAAGAGGU